GGGGAGGCAGCUGAGGAGAGCAGUCACCAACAGCUCUUAAAAUCUAGGUACUCCUCUUCACAGCCACACACUGAUAGAAAGCAGGAGUGGGCUUUAGAAAGCAUGAAGAGAAGAUAAAUGCAGGAGAGUGAGAAACUUGGAUGAUAAGAGGUCUUACCUGCGUGCUCACCUACCUCUGGCUGCUGUGACCCCUUCAAAUAGCUGAGACUCCUGUAAAAAGAGAGGCUUUAAGGACAGCCUUUUCUUGAAAGAAGAUAUUUCAAAAGUUUUUUUCUGAUAACUUUUGUUAAUUUGUUUUUGUUGUUUUUUUUUUUCUUCAGUUUGCAGCAUCCAUUCUCAGGAGAGCAAAAAAGGAUUACAGUUUGUAAGCCUGGCCACUUGUUGAAAACUUCUCUGAGCUUUCUUUCCCACUAGGUUGCUUUGGAGACUUCUGGAUACAUCCUUCUUGAUUAACAGCUCUGAACUCAGAAAGGGAUGGCAUAUGGACAAAAUAUCCCAAGGUUUGCUUUAACCCAGAGUUUAUUUAGCCUGCCAUUGGGCCUGUUGCUCUUCUCCCUUUUCCCUAACAUCAUUACCGCAGAUGAGUAUGACUACUACAGCUGGCAGUCAGACAACUUCCACAACGGUCGCUUCUACACCAAGCAACCACAGUGUGUGGACAUACCAGCUGACCUGCGCCUCUGCCACAAUGUGGGCUACAAGAAGAUGAGGUUGCCAAACCUCCUGGAUCACGAAACCAUGCCAGAAGUCAAGCAGCAGGCUGGGAGCUGGGUGCCCCUUCUGGCCAAAAGGUGUCAUGCUGACACUCAAGUCUUUCUGUGUUCGUUGUUUGCACCCGUAUGUCUGGACCGGCCCAUCUACCCGUGCCGCUCAUUGUGCGAGGCCGUCAGAAACAGCUGUGCUCCGGUGAUGGAGACCUAUGGCUUCCCCUGGCCAGAGAUGCUGUCCUGCGACAAAUUCCCCAUUGACAAUGAUCUCUGCAUUCCAAUGCAGUUUGCGGGGAACCACGCCACUCAGCCACCAGUGUCGAAGGUGUGCCCUCCAUGUGACAACGAGCUGAAAGCAGACAACAUCAUGGAACAUUACUGUGCGAGUGAUUUUGUCCUGAAGAUGAAAAUCAAGGAAGUCAAGAAGGAAAAAGGUGAUAGAAAGCUAAUUGCUGCACAGAAGAAGAAGAAAGUUUUCAAGCAGGGCAUACUGAGGAAGAAGGACCUGAAGAAGCUGACCCUGUACAUAAAGAAUGGAGCAAACUGCCCAUGCUCCCAGCUUGAGAACCUUGGCUCCAACUUCCUAAUCAUGGGACGCAAAGUGGACCAGCAGCUGUUGCUUAUGUCCAUUCACAAGUGGGACAAGAAAAGCAAGGAGCUCAAGUUUGCUAUCAAGUACAUGAAAUCCCACCAGUGCCCUUCCUACCACACCGUCUUCCAGUAAAACAGCCUUUUGCUGUUUUUGUUUAAUUUACAAUUUUACCUGUAUUUUAUCCUGUUUUACAACAAAUCAAAUCCUGUUAAAAGUAAUUUU